AGUCGGCGAGCGAGGUCUGACGGUGAGAUGAUGAAAAAAGUAUUUAUACCGUCGUACACUGGACUUCCCAAAGGACCUGUUCAAACCAGCACUCACCACCACCCGCGAACAAGCAUCAAGCCAUCUCACGCAAAAAGCUGCCAUCAAGACAUUCGCAAAGCCAAGCUUCUUCAUCUUUCCUCGAUUACUCGCAUCGACAAUGAGUCUCGGAUUCUACUCACCCUUCUCCAACCUCAUCGAUGAUCUGACCACUCCCUACGCGAUCUACAUCGAUGGAGCCAACGAUGGCAGUGGAGCAGGCGAAGGAGGUAACAAGGUAGCUGCUGCUGCUAGACCUCCACGCAAGAAUUGGACGCCUUCCGAGAUUUGGGGAGGUCCUAGGCUCGACAUUCACGAGCAUCACGACAAGUUCACCGUCACGGCCGAAGUUCCUGGAGUGGCAAAGGAAGACAUUUCGCUAGAAGUGGACGACAAGAAGCGACGCGUAACUCUUCAAGGCGCUUUCAAGAACGAGUACUCUUCGGGCGCACCCUCCAGCGACGUCAAAGCUCGACAAGAUAAAGCGGAAGGCAAAGUCGCUCACCCUCUACUGCUAGAACGUCAUUAUGGAUCCUUUUCCCGUUCCUUCGCCUUGCCACCUACAGCUAAUCUGAACGCUGUCAGCGCAAAGUAUGAAAAUGGAUUGCUCAAGUUGGAGAUUGCCAAGAAGGACAAGGAGGAGACUAGCAAGCCUAGAAGCAUCGCCAUCUCGUCGUGAGGGUGUUGGGAGUAGCGGGCAAAGGGGCAAAAGCAAGGCUAAUCGAGUCCUGUUCGAUGUAGCGAAUCCGCAAGCCGUCCACUGUCGAGCAACGCUAGACAAAUCUCUCUAUCACGAUUGGCUACACGCACCUUCGUUACACCUUCCCCCCCCAAAGAACACUACUAGACCGACGCCUCAGAUCC